AACCCACGCUGUUCCCAUCCAUUGGGAUUGUAUACCAGACAGAACGGGCCCACAACUGUAACACAUCAGAACCAUAGAAAUCCCGCGCUACUCGUUGGAUUAUCCGAGUGACCGCAUCAAAAAGGAUUUGUCGCCACGUAGAAGGUAAUUUUCGUGUGACUGGGUGCUCUGCCAACAGCAUGGUGGUGCCAUAGUGGAGCGGACUACAAAGAGUCACCCGCCAUGCCUCAGUUACAAACCAGACGGUGGCCUGUCUGGCUCAUCUGUUGUCUCCUCUCAGUGGUACACACUCAUGCGCAAAAUGACGCAACCGUACCCCAGCAGGUAAAAGUGACGCCCGACAUGCGUACGCAGCAAAUAUCCAUUUCCUGGCUGGGAGGUAGCGCCACGUUGUUUGAUGUCAUGAUCCUCAGGACGGAACUCAAUGAAACAGUCUUCUAUAACCAAGUGCAAGCGACUUUCAACCAAACAACCGGUCGGUACGAGUGGAAUUGGACCUCAGCAGAACCUCUGGAAUGUACCUCAUUGUCUGUCCGAAUCCGCUCCCGAAGGGGGGCGGUGACGAGUGAAUGGAGCAGCACGCAGAUCCUUCAAGGCAACGAUCUGCCCACCAUUGCCAACUAUCAGAUGUACCCUGAGGAAAGAAUUGUGCGUACGGGGGGCAGCACCACGUUCUGCUGCAUCGUGGCCGAAGGGGGCGUCUUUGGCUCCGUGCAGUAUGGCAAAACGGCCAUGAAUGCCACACGGUUGAGUCGGCGGAGUUACAGCAUCACCGUAACUCACCAGGCUCCAUCCAACAGGACGGGGACCAACGUCGUCUGCACGGAUGCCCUUGAAAAGACCAAACUGUCAGGAACCGCGGUCUUUGUUGGAUAUCCUCCACUGCUCAGUGAUUUUCAUUGCGAGACUCGAGAUUUGACAUCUGCCGUGUGCCAGUGGAAAGAAGCGCGGGACACCCGACUGUACGGCAAACGGAGAACCGUCUACUCGCUGAACAAGAGGAAAUGUCAGAAGGCCGGCUUGGGAGAAAAUCUGAUGACUUGUAGUGCGGAGCACUGGGAGGGUAACUGGACGCUGGAAGCUGCGAAUGCUCUCGGCCGGGACAGCAUCUCGGAUUCUGCCGAAAUCCGACACAGAGUGCGCCCAGUGGCACCUGCGAAUCUGAGCGCUGUCGUCUAUGCUUGGAAUGCCACCUUACGGUGGAACUGGGGCUAUGACGCUUAUAAUUCCCUGCCGCUUGUCUGCCAGGUAGAGCUCAACUUUCACGAGAACAAAACAAAGCGCACAUACACGAGUGUCGGUUUGACAACGCUGCGGCUGUCGGAGCUUUAUCCAAAUGAAAAGUACAGUGUUAAAGUACGCUGUGGGGCCCAGCAGAAUUUCUGGAAGUGGGGAAACUGGAGCCAACCUCUUUCUUUCAAAACCAAUAUAGAUGUUCCAGAUCAGCCUGAUGUGUGGAUGCAUAUCAACAAUGACAACUCCGGUCAGAUCAUAUGGAAGCCCCUGACGGCCCGAGAAAGCCACGGUCCGAUCGCAUCUUACGAAGUGACGUUCUGGAGCCCCAAAGAGAACCUGCAGCACACUGAAACGCUUCCCCCGGACACUUUUAUGCUGCCAAUCAAUGUCACCCGAAUCACCGCCUUCACCAAUGACAACCAAGUCGUGGCAACCGUCACCGCCAAGAACGCUGCUGGCUACUCGCCACCCGCAAGUGUAAUCAUACCUCUACGUGUCGCAGAUAAGAGUCAUAUUGAGUCCAGGGUGGCUUAUAUGGACGGCGGUUUCCGCCUGGUCUGGCAAGACGACAGCAACUCAAGCUGCGGUUAUGUCAUCGAGUGGCAUGACGCCCUCUGCCAGCAGGACUGCUACCUGGAGUGGGUCAAGCUGGCAAUGGGAAGCACUAAUGCUUCCAUCGAAUCAGCCAACUUCCGGCCAGGUGUGAAGUACAACAUCUCCCUGUUUAGCUGCUCUUCGGAGCUGCUUCAGUACUGGCAGGGCUACAUGCAGGAACUGGCUCCAUCCAGAAGCGUCCCCCACCUGUCCAUCCGUCAGGAGGACUCAAAUGUUUUCUUGACGUGGGAAGCCAUGCCUGAGGCCCACAGGAGAGGUUACAUCUUGGGCUACAAUAUUUACCUCAACAAUGACUCCCAGCUCGUGCUACUCGCCAAUCUAUCAGGGGAAGAAAGCAGGAAGUACACAGUGAAGGGUCUCUCCAAAGGCACCUAUAAAUUCACAGUCAAAGCCUUCACUUCAGCAGGCGAGGACACAGGCGCCACCAUCUCCAUCAGAGUGGAUCAGUUGGAUGAUUGGCUCAUCCUGAAUAUGCUGAUAUCGCUGGGAACUCUAGCAUUAUUAUUGUCCAUCGCCUCCUUCUUUUGCUAUAGGAAACGAAAAUGGGUAAAGACGGCCUUCUGUCCAGACAUACCGCAGCCGAAAUUGAACGACGACUGGGGCAGGACACAGGGUCCGCUGGAUGUGAGGCCAUCUCCCCACAAUCUGGUCCAUGUUGUAGAAAAGCCCGAAUUGGACUCCCUCAAAGGAGUGCUGGUCGUCAUUCCCGAAGAGGAUGAGGAGGAAGCGGAUCGAAUCGGAGACGCGUCGGUAGACACAGAUGAGCCAGCGUCAUUACGCUACUACAACCAAAUGAUUGACGAGCGCCCUGUAAGGCCACGCUCCCCGGACUCUUCGGACUCUUCGUCGUCUUCGAUGGACUCCGGGCAAACGGAUGUGACUUACACGGGAAUCCAGACUUCAGCCUCAUCUCUGGGCUUCCACACGGAUCAACGGGAUUCCGCCGAGUUUGGAAUGGCUGCGAGCGGAGAUGGUUACCGCCCUCAGAGGCAACCUGCAAGUCACAACUCGCUCCCGAUUCCUCCGCAGUCUUCCCAAGCCGCCUGCUCCGGAGGCUACAAACCCCAAAGCUCUUGGGAUUUGAACUCGCCCGGGGAGGCCGAAGAGCAGGAACGUCUGGCGCCCUGCUUGGGCUCGCCCACUUCCGUUGCCUCCACUCAGUUCCUCCUCCCUGACGGCGAGUCAGAGGAGCGCGGCGAAGAGAAACGCCCGCUCUCCGCUUCCGCGGCCGGCUGGUUCACCAACUUGCUGUCAUCUGCUAAACCAUGAUAUCCUCUCUUUAGAAGUUGCUCAGCCAAUGGGUUAGCCUCCCCCCCCCCCCCCUUUUUACAUUCACAAGUAUUAUCGGUGACAUUGUGUGCAAACUGCAAAAAGCUUCAACCAUCAGGCUAAACAAAAUAUCUUCAUUUGAUGUAGCAGUUUGACAGCAGGUCGAUAAUACGGGACUGAACUCAAGUGGGAGCCACUAUUUCCUCAUUCGAGUGGGCGGGGCAUCGAUGCAACGCUUAUUGUCUAGCUAACAUGACGCAUAAUUGUAUCUGUCAUUGUGAAGGUGGGAAAAAAAAAAGUUGGAGUAGGCUUGAAGCCGCUAUUUGAGGAAAUGUGGUUCAUCUCUUGGCUCUGUUCAUGACUGUGGGCAUUAGGCACUGUUUCAGUGUAGCAGCUUUUGAAUUUUUGUUUCACUUCUUUUGUUUUACGCAUUGUGAUGUGAGUUUCAAAUCACUAGAGUUUGAAAGUACUAAUUAUCAAACCAAACAUUUCCAUAAGUGUUUGUUGAAACACUGCAAAAGGAGUUGUCUUUUGAGUUCUUUCAUGAGAUGAUGUCCUAUGCACUUUUAAUGAGUCGUUAUUUUUCACACAAUCAGAAAGUUUUUUUUUACGCUCUGGAAUUGUCUGGAUGGUGACACUGAUGAUAUAAGCUAGAACGUUUUCAAUGCCAUGUACUGAACAAAUGCUUUGAUUUUUUUUGGGGGUGUGUUCCUAAUUGUUUACAUUUGUCUUUUUGUUUCAUCUAGUUUGUAUGUCAAUAUUUUACUGGCCAGUUUAUUUUUUAUUACAUGUAGUACAGUAUAUUACCUGCUAGUCAUCAAAUUUCCACGAAAAUAUUGAGAAUGAACUUUGGAAGUCAAUCAUAGUGUUCGAGUUGAAUGCAUCGUAAUGCUUCCGGUCAUUUGCACCAUGUCACCUUUCACAGACUGCCUUGCAAGCUACUCAAUCAAAUUAUGCAUUAUUAGAAAUGACAACAGAUGGACAAUGUUUGAGACGGAUGAUGCUGGCAAUUGCAUAUUGUUUGACUUCACUUUGGAGAUUUUAGUCUUCUCCAUAUUUCUCAUGAUAGGAAUACCGUUCCACAAUUUGUGUCAUGCUCCAAUUAUCCGCUGAUAUUCAUUUGCAUAAAUAUAUACUAGAGAAAUUAUGUUAAUUUCCAAGUCAACCUUCUCAGUGCCUACAGUCGACAAGCUUUAAGUAAAACUACUGUGACAGGAACGGUAGCAAAAAUACACUAACGUGGGUGGAACUGGAAGACUGUGUUGGUCUACUUCACAGGCGGUCCUUUCUUGACUACUGAGGAAAAUGUCUUCAUUUAGCAAUGCUGAUCUUGUUUUUCAAGAAAUACUGAUUGACUGGAUUCAAUCCAAAAGCUACAGCGGAUGGUCAAAUGACUGUCCGAGCCGGUAUGAGAUCAUAUGGAACAGAGCGUAUAGUUUUGAGGAUCUAGACAUAGCUGCACAUUGUUUUCCUCUUUGAAAGCUAACGUUUCUAACGAGGUAACGUAUGUCACGUGAUUUUUGUUUAUUUGUGUCCACAGAUAAGGUUUUAUACGCAACAAUAUGUGGGUGUACAUGUACAUUUUGGCUCUGUUAGAUAGGAAAUAGAACAGACUUAACCAACAGAUGCUUGUCAUUAAUAGUUCAAUAUAUUGUGAUAGUCUUCCAAUGAUAGCUUAGUCUGCUUUCACAGUAUUGUCACAUGUUUACACGCUGAUGUGAUCCAGAGUAAAGCAAAAAAAAAAAAAAAAA